GCUAAAAAAGAGAUUUAAGCUACUUAUUACCAUUUUGUUAUUAUUGUGAUAAAACAUUUGAAAAUGAAAUUAUUUUACAUUAACAUUAAAAAGCUAAGCAUUUUACAUGCGAAAAAUGCUUUAAAAAAUUUAGUACAGCAGAUUUAAUAAAAACACAUUUACAUUAGGCACAUAUGGAGAAUUUAACAAAGUUAUUUUUUAUUUAUUUAAAAUGUUUUUUCAUUUGAAAUUCAAAUACUAUCUUUUAUUAAUUUUAAACAAUAGAGUUUCAAACGCAUUACCUGAUAGAUCAAGUGUUGAAUUAAAAAUAUUUGGAAUGUAAGGAGUUCCAAGAAAUUUAAUUGAGGAAAGAUAAAAAACAAAAGCGAAAGAAUAUUGGGAGAAAAUAAUAAAUGAGAAAAAUUAGAAAUUGAAAAAAGAAUAAAAAAUAAUGGAAAAAGAGUUAAAAAAGAAAAACAGAAUAUAAUAAAUUAAUAAUAAAGUUACAGACGAAUAAAAAAAAGAUCUAAAGAAAAACGAAGAAAUUUUAGAACUUCCUAUACCUAUGAAUACAAUAAGUUUUGGUUUAACAAUUAAAUAAAAACCAGAAGAAAAAAGAGAAGUAGAAAAACCAACAAAUGUUUUCGGAUUUGAAUGA